AUGAGACAGAAAUCAACAUCAACGCGCUACAUAGCGCUCAUCCUAAGCUUACUUGUGCUGACAUUUGCGUACAUACAAAGUGGCAAUCUUGAUGUGCUUCUACCGUCACGAUCACAGCACAAUUGGAAAUCUGGCACUAGUGGUUACACUCAACUUGAGGAAAUCGAUGCGAGGGAUCAAUCCUCAAGCGAUACUAAGCAAAGUCACGACCAAUCUGUCGCGUACGCAGCUGAGAUACCGCAAAGAGAUCCGCCUACAUCACCAAGACUGACACCAACUUUGCCGCCAGAAACAUCUCCACCAUCAUCAUCAUCUACCAAAUCUCCCGCUGAAAAAGACCCAACACAGCUUGAGACUAAACAUGAAUAUACGGACAAAGCCACCAUCGUGAUUGCCUUGUCGGGAGAAAUGGCCAACAAUCUCAUGCACAUUGCCCAUGGCAUCGGUCUACAGCAAUUGGCAAAAGAUUUGUACAACAUUGAUUGCAACUUGGUACUACGUCACCAUGUGGGCCCCAACAAUCGAGCUCCAAAACCGAAAUGGAAGUCGGCCCGGAGCAACAUUCAGCAGUGCUUCCCCAAGUUGGCUGACUGGGAUUUUUCAGAAGGCAAUACUCCACACUACAAGGAACAAGCACAAAAGCAAGACGAUUGGCUAGGGAAGGAUCGAUAUGACUACUUGACAGGUCAUGUCAACGCUCACAACCAGACCGAAAUUGAGACAGGGUUGGCAUAUCUGGCCAAGAAGCUUCUAAAAGAUUCCAAGCGUCCAAAGCAGGAUGACUCCAAAGGUCCAAUUCGAUUGCCUUUUAUGCUUUCGCAAACAUUGGAUGCAUUUCCCCUCAUCAACAAGUAUUAUACACAAAUUCGCGAUAUCAUGACUUUUGACAAUGUCAAAUGUUGCAAUCGACUUCCCGAACCCAACGAAUACGUCUUUCACUACCGCAAUUACCAAUCCGAGUUACCCCGAACCCGAGCCUACGAUAUGGGAUUUGCAGAACUGUCUCCGCAAAAGACGGCCAAGGAACUAUUUGGACACUUGAAGAAGGAAGCAACAAAAGCAAAAGUCGGAAUUACCACACGCAUCCCAAAUCAAGUGGCUCGUGAUCAAGUGGAAGCCUUGGAACAAGAAGGAGUCCAAGCCUAUUUGGUGGAAGACCAAUCGGCAGUGGCGGACUUUUGCUUCUUGAAAGAAUCCAAGAAGGAAUUGGUAGGGAAUGCUCGGUCGACCUUUGUCUUUUGGGCGGGCCUCUUGGGAGAUGUGCCAAAAGUCCGCCUGUACCACGUCGACAAUUGGGGAUUACGGAAUCGGCAUCCCAACUUCUAUGAACGAUUUACUUACAACUGGACACAUCCCAAACUAAAAGAACGGAUCGAAUUUGAAUUGUAUCAGGCCGAGGAAAUGGAAGAAAAGGGAGCAACCUAG